CGUGACUGCUACUGGAGUCGGGGAUCACAUGAUGAGAUGAGCAGUAAAUAAGCGAGUGUUCCCCCAGACAGUCCCAUUAAACGCUAUGUUGCGCUUUCUUCUGUGUACCUUGUUCGUUUGUGUGAUCUCACCUGCGGACACACACCUGCGGUCUGCAGUAUUUAACCAGCAGAGCGGAAAACUGCAGUUAAAGGAGGGAAUUCAGACAGACUUUGUCGCAUUCGCCAACUUCACAGAUGACAUUGUAAACACGGGGUGGUCCUAUCUGGAGGUUGUAACAAAUGGCAAGUACAAUGACACACUGCAAGCUUAUGCUGCUGGAGUUGUGGAAGGUGCGGUCACCUCGCAGCUCAUCUAUAAGCAUUGGAUGAACACACUGAUGGGAUAUUGUGAUCCAAAUGACCCUGGCUACUGUCAACAUCUGAAAGAAUACAUUAUCACUAACCUGCAGUGGGUGGAAGAGCAAAUCAAGAAAGCUACAGAGUCACCGUACUGGCAUCAGGUCCAUUUGUCUCUGCUGCAGCUGAAAGGUUUGGAGGAUGGUUAUAUUGGACAGUGCACAUUUCCAGAGUCAAGUGUCUACUUUAACCCCUUAGGAUUUCUACUUUUCCAGAUGGGUGGAGACUUGGAGGAUUUGGAGGCUGCACUGAAUAAAUCCAGUCAGUCACGUACAGUGGGAUCUGGCUCCUGCUCUGCUUUAAUCAAACUCUUGCCGGGUAACAAAGAGCUUCUUGUUUCACAUGACACAUGGAACAACUACCAGUCAAUGCUUAGGAUCAUGAAGAGAUAUGUUUUCUCAUUCCGUACAUCUUUGAAAGACCAGACAUUGAUUCCUGGUCAUACUCAGGCUUUUUCCUCUUACCCUGGCUCCAUCUUUUCAGGAGAUGAUUUCUACAUUCUCAGCAGUGGCCUGGUGACCAUGGAAACCACAAUUGGUAACAGUAACCCUGACUUGUGGAAGUUUGUGAAGCCUCAAGGCUCCGUUAUGGAGUGGCUGAGAAACAUUGUGGCAAACAGACUUGCUCGAUCUGGGAAAGAGUGGGCAGACAUUUUCAGUCAGUACAACAGUGGCACGUACAACAAUCAGUGGAUGAUCGUUGACUAUAAGAGUUUCAUUCCAGGCAGACUUGGUCUGAGCAAAGGGUUGUUAACCGUGCUUGAGCAAAUACCAGGGAUGAUCCAAACUGCAGAUAAAACUGAAGAACUGUAUAACACCAGCUACUGGGCCAGCUACAAUAUUCCGUAUUUUGAGGAGGUGUUUAAUGCGAGUGGAGGUCCAGAUCUGGUGAAGAAGUAUGGCUCGUGGUUCUCCUUUAAUGACAGUCCAAGAGCUCAGAUAUUCCGCCGCAACCAGUCCCUUGUUACUGACAUUGAGUCCAUGGUAUGCUUAAUGAGGUACAACAACUUUAUGAAUGAUCCUUUGUCAGCGUGCGAUGGCUGCAAUCCAGCCCAGAAUGGCGAGAAUGCAAUCUCUGCGCGAUCAGAUCUGAACCCAGCCAAUGGCACAUACCCUUUUGGAGCUCUUGGACAGAGGCCUCAUGGUGGAACGGACAUGAAGAUGACAUCUUAUGGCUUAUUCAAGCAAUAUGAGCUGUUAGCAGUUAGUGGUCCAACAUGGGACCAGGUGCCAGCUUUUGAAUGGAGCACAUCACCGUACAGCAGUUUAACGCACAUUGGCCACCCAGACCGCUGGGAUUUCCCUACCGUACAUAUCAGAUGGUCAGAAUAAAGGAUAUGUUGUAUGUCAGUGUAUGUCAUCAGACAACCUCAAAUGUAUUUGUUUUCUAUUCUCAAAUAAGGAGGUCCAUACAUUUUAUUUGCACAAUGUGAUCACUGUGUCGUAAAAUGCUUUUUGAUUUUAGGUUGAUUACCAUGUUUGAAAUGUACCUAAUUUGGAAUAAACAACAAAUUUAUAAGUAUA